GGGACACCUGGGGCAGGACAGAGGCUGGCCCUGACCUCAGGGGGCUUGUAUUCUGGGGGGUUGGGAAAGCAAUCAACAAACAGUCCUGUAUUAGGAUGUGGUCGGUGGUAAGGGAUAGAGGGAAGGGUUGGGUGUGGAUGCCACUUCAAACAGUGAUCAGAAACGGCCGCUUUGACCAGGGAAGUUCAAGGAUGGAGGGAGGUAAGACUAUCUGGGUAUUUGCUUUUAAUUGCCAGUCCAGGUUUAGGAACAGAGCAGAUGCAUAUCAUUACCACCCUCCUUUGCUCCAAACCCUUGUAAGUCUCUAGUCUCGGGAAAAUCAAAAAGAAUUUAAACUGAUCAAAAGACCCUCCUGGAUCUGUCCCCAUUUCCUCACUGACCUCAGUCACCCACCGCUCUGUCACUGUCUUCCUUGUUGUUCCUAAAUACAUAAGCCAGCUGGCUGGCCCCCUCACCUCCGUCGGGUCUUAACUCCACCAUGCCCUUCCCAGAUGUCCGGAAGAAAACUGAAGCCCCCACCCCAGUAACCCUAUCCCCUUCUUAGUUUUAUUUUUCUCCAUGGUACUUAUCAUGGAAAGCACUCUUUAUUUUACAUAUUUUAUCUUGUUUGUAGUUUAUCUACCCCGCUAGAGUAAAAGCUACACGAGGGCAGGGAUUUUGGCUGUUUUGUUCACUGCUGUACCCCCUGUGCUUAGAAAAGGAGUCUGGUACACAGUAGGCGCUCAAUAAAUGUUUGCUAAAUGAAUUUUGAUUGUAAUGAAUUUCGUGGAACAGUCCAGAUUACCAGUACGCGCCUAAAUAGAAACGUGGCCGCUACCAUUUUCUCGCGGGAGGUAUGUGUUGCCAGCCUGUGCCUCAGUUUCAGCAAGCGUGAAAUGGUCGGGUUAGGUCACUCCACCAGUUGCAGUGGGCACUGUCUAGAUUGAGUCGGGCUGCCGGAGGGCCCCUGCGGGGCCGCCCCGGCCUCUCCCUCCAGGCCCCGCCCCCGGAGGGCGGAGCCGCGGCCCGGCCAGCACGUGUAAGAGUUCGCGGCGGGUCGCCGCAGUCACUCACCUGAGCGCCGCGCUACGAGCGCACUGCUCGUGCGUCCUCCGCCUGCCCGCCAGCCAGCUCGCCCGGCCCGCGACCCAUGUCCCGCCGCAAGGCCGGCAGCGCGCCUCGCCGAGUCGACCCCGUGCCCGCCAACUCAGACGACGAGAUGGAGAUGCCGGACCUCGUCAUCGAAGUGAAGCCCGAGCUAGACGCGCGGCCCCUACAGGCCCCGGGGCUGGGGCCCUUCUCCCCGAAGGAAGCGCCCGCACCCGGGCGUCCCGGGGGCGAACCUGGCCAUUCCCCCGGCCCCACGCCCGCCGGGGCUGCCCUCCACGCCCUCGGCGCGCGGAGCCAGUGGGCCGUGUGGACGCCGCUGAUCCCCAGCUCUCUCGACCGCCAGCCCUGGACCGAGAAACACCCAGAUCUGUUGACCUGCGGCCGCUGCCUGCAGACCUUCCCGUUGGAGGCCAUCACGGCCUUCAUGGACCACAAGAAGCUGGGCUGUCAGCUCUUCAGAGGCCCCAGACCCUCGCAGGGCUCAGAACGUGAGGACCUCAAAGCUUUGAGCUGCCUCCGCUGUGGGAGACAGUUCACGCAGGCCUGGAAGCUGCUGCGCCACGCCCAGUGGGACCAUGGCCUGUCCAUCUACCAGACAGAAUCCGAGGCCCCAGAGGCCCCACUGCUGGGCCUGGCCGAGGUGGCUGCUGCUGUGUCUGCCGUGGUGGGGUCGGAGGUUGAGGCCAGGGCCCCCCGAGUGAGCGGCCGGCGGAGCCCCACCUGUUCUGUGUGCAAGAAGACCCUCAGCUCCUUCAGCAACCUCAAGGUCCACAUGCGCUCGCACACGGGCGAGCGGCCCUACGCCUGUGACCAGUGCCCCUACGCCUGUGCCCAGAGCAGCAAGCUCAACCGCCACAAGAAGACCCACCGACAGCUGCAGCCCCAGAGCCCCUGCGCCGCUGACGCUGGUCAGGAGCAGGCCUCCGCGGCACCCCCAGAGCCAGCCGCCCACGCCGCCGCCCCGGCCAGCACCCUCCCGUGCAGUGAUGGGGAAGGGGCUGGAGCCGCUGCCACAGCAGGUGUCCAGGAGCCUGGGGCUCCUGGGGGUGGGGCUCAGGCAGGCCCCGCGGGUGACGGCUGGAGAGCCGCUGCCCCCAAGGAACAGAGAGCUGACCCUGCAAAGAGCCAGAAGUCUUUGCCCAAGAAGAUGCAGAAGUCAGCAGGAAAGAGCCGCGGGCCCGGGGGCAGCUGUGAGUUCUGCGGGAAACACUUCACCAACAGCAGCAACCUGACAGUGCACCGGCGCUCGCACACGGGGGAGCGGCCCUAUGCCUGCCAGCUCUGCCCCUACGCCUGCGCGCAGAGCAGCAAGCUCAACCGCCACCGCCGCAUGCACGGCCUGGGGCCCGGCAGCACUUGCUUCCAGUGUCCCCACUGCUGCAUUCCCUUUGGCCUGCGAGCCACCCUGGACAAGCACUUGCGACAGAAGCACGGGGAGGGGAUGUCUGAGCACCGGGCUGCCCCUGUGCCCCACUCUUAAUGGCACUGUUGACCUGCCUGUCCCUCCCCCUGCUCCAAGUAAAUCCUCCCUCCUCUAGUGCUCGUUUGGACUCUGGCUUUCUUGGGGUGUCUCAGGUGGGGUGGGAGGCUCCCCUCCUCGGGUAGACGGCUGAACAGACCGGUUUGGGGUGAGCGGAAAGGCCGGCCCCCAGCACCUGGGGCAUAGCAGGACUGGCACAGAAA